AUGGGAUGCUUUUCCUGCUGCGGAGCCGAUGAUGUUGGCAAGAAAAAGAAGCGCGAUGAUCCUUAUGUUCCGGUCCCUGCCCCAGGGGGUAACUAUGGUUAUAACCGGGGGCCAGCGCCAACCCAUGCCAUCCGUACCAGUAGAAGCCAGCCAAUUGAAGUACCAGCCAUUUCCCUAGACGAAAUUAAGGAAAUAACCAAGAACUUCAGCAGUGACGCUCUUAUAGGAGAGGGUUCAUACGCAAGAGUUUUCCUUGGUGUACUGAAGGAUGGCAAGAAAUCUGCAGUGAAGAGGCUUGACUCCAGCAAACAGCCUGACCAAGAAUUCCUUGUGCAGGUCUCGGCUGUUUCAAGACUCAAGCAUGACAAUGUCAUCCAACUUCUCGGGUACUGUGCUUUAGGGAGCACCCGUAUUCUUGCUUAUGAGUAUGCAACAAGGGGCUCCUUGCAUGAUGUUCUCCAUGAGCCAUUCAAGACUCUAGCAAAGCUGAUGAAUCUACGGCUCGUGGUCAUUACAGGUAAAAAGGGCGUCAAGGGAUCCCAACCAGGACCAGUCCUAUCGUGGAUGCAGCGGGCGAGGAUUGCUGUAAGCGCCGCGAGAGGGCUUGAAUUCCUCCAUGAGAAGGCAGAGCCACGUGUCGUCCACCGUGAUAUCAAGUCCAGCAACAUACUGCUCUUUGACAACGAUGUUGCAAAAAUAGGAGAUUUCGAUGUGUCUAAUCAGGCCCCUGACAUGGCUGCACGCCUUCAUUCUACACGUGUUCUUGGCACCUUUGGUUAUCAUGCUCCUGAGUAUGCAAUGACUGGGCAGCUAAGCGCAAAGAGCGAUGUAUAUAGCUUUGGAGUGGUGUUGUUGGAGCUUUUAACUGGCUGCAAACCAGUUGAUCAUACACUUCCCCGUGGCCAGCAGAGCCUUGUGACAUGGGCUACACCAAGGCUAAGUGAAGACAAGGUGCGGCAAUGUGUAGAUCCAAAGCUUGGUGUGGAUUACCCUCCAAAGGCUGUCGCCAAGAUGGCUGCCGUGGCUGCCCUGUGCGUACAGUACGAGGCAGAUUUCCGGCCAAACAUGAGCAUCGUCGUCAAGGCUCUGGCCCCGCUGCUGAACACCCGGACAAGCAACCGACCUGCCGGCUCGGCCUCUGGCGUAGCCGUCGAGUGA